AUUCUAUUUUCUCUUUCUUCUUGUUUGUGUUAUUUUCUCUCUCUAGCAAACGUCAAAAAAUGUGUGGCGGAGCUGUCAUCUCCGACGUUGAUCCGAUCGUAAAACGAAGCCGGAAGCUGACCUCAGAUGAUCUCUGGAACGAGUUCGAGACCUACGAUCUUUUCGCCUGGGAUAUCAAGCCACAAUCUCUGCUCCGUACCACCAGGAACGACGACUAUACCUCGAAGCGCAAGCAAGGCAGCGAGAAACAGACUCCGAAAGCGAUGGAGAAGAAAACUAAACUCCGAAAGAACCUCUAUAGAGGGAUCCGCCGACGACCAUGGGGCAAAUGGGCGGCUGAAAUCCGAGACCCACAACAAGGGGUUCGAGUAUGGCUUGGAACAUACAACACAGCUGAAGAAGCUGCUAAAGCGUACGAUGAAGCAGCCACACGUAUCCGAGGUGAUAAGGCCAAACUCAACUUCCCUCAGCCACCACCUACGCCACCGCCUGCCACCGACUCCCACCACCCAAUAGACCAUGAACUGCCGCCACCUCCACCUGAAUUGAUGGAUGAAUACGAGUUCAAAGGACAAAUCGAGACCAUCAUCGAGUCAACUCAUCCCAUGGCGUAUGAACAAUUGCCCGCACCACAUGCAUUAAUGAUGGAUUACGGUGGUCUUCCCAACCAUCCAACGACAAACCAGUACGAACUCAGUGAACAAAUCUUGAACUUGGAGAGUUUCUUAGGUCUUGAGCAUGAGUCGACUGAGUUUGAUGGACUCGGGUGUGAGUCAGGAUCAGGUGAUCUUUGGGCCUUGGAUGAGUUCCCGGUUACCAUUUGAGCUCAAACUUUACCAUGAACUUGCUCGAUCAUUAUCUCAGUAACGCAUACUUAUAACUAGAUUAGAAAUUCUGAACCUGGGGCUUCGUACUUCUAAUGUAUGUAUAUGUAUACUAAUAAAAGUCAUAAAUCUUCGAAUGUGAC